AUGUCUACGAAGCCACCAAACUCAAAGAAGACAGUCUUGGCUGCUGGCUACAGUAUGGUGGUCAUGUGGCAAUGUGAAUGGGAACAACUCAAGCAAGAAGACGACAACCUGGGAAGCCUGGUCCAAUCCUUCGACCUGGUCUCCAGACUCAAACCCAGAGACGCGUUCUACGGUGGAAGCACCAACACCAUCAAACUUUACCAUCAGGUCGAACAGGGAGAAAAGGUUCAUUACCUCGAUUUCACAUCCCUCUACCCCUGGACCAACAAAAACUGUCCCUUCCCUGUGGGUCUUCCCGUAAUCAUUCACCAACCCGAAGGCACCGACAUCUCCAGUUACUUCGGUCUGGUCAAAUGCAAGAUCCUUCCACCCUUUGGUUUGUAUCACCCCGUCUUACCCCACCGCAGUGGGGGUAAACCCACAUUUCCACUUUGCAGAACCUGCGUGGAAACCGAGCAACCCAAACCGCUGACCGAACGCAGUCAUCGCUGCAUCCACAACGAGCAGGAGCGAUGUCUGGUGGGUACGUGGCCCACCCCCGAAUUACAAGAAGCCCUUCGUCAAGGGUACGUCAUCCAACACGUGUACGAAAUUUGGCACUUCUCCAACAAUUCCAACGACUUGUUCUCUUCCUACGUGAACACCUUUCUCAAGAUCAAGCAAGAAGCCAGUGGAUGGCCCGAUUGGGUGGGUGACGAUGUCGCGAAACGCCAGCAGUACCUCUCCGACUACCUAGCCAAGGAAGGCAUUCAACUCGAGGCCGACAAAAUUCAAAAAAAUCCCGGUCAACGGCCUCUCGCCAAAAUGAUGCUAAACAGCUUCUGGGGCAAGUACGGUCAACAAGGUAACAAGAGCCAAGUCGAAGCCAUUUCGUCGCCGGCCAGACUUCAUUCCCUACUGACCGACGACAGUCAAGAAAUUCAAACCCUUCGUGUCAUGAACGACGAGAUGAUUGAAUUGGUCUACAAACACGUUCAAGACGAAGAAGCCGUUCAUGUCAACAUCAACAUUUUCGUGGCCUGCUUCACCACCUGCUGGGCCAGACUCAAACUCUAUCGAGAAGGACUCAGUAGAUUCCAACCCCAACAAGUCUUGUACUUCGACACAGACUCCAUCAUCUUCUCGCAUCGUGAAGAUCAACCCAUGCCACCCUUAGGCGAUCAUCUCGGCGAAUUCACCAGCGAAUUGAAACCGGGCACUCACAUCGUGGAGUUUGCUGCCGCUGGCCCCAAGAAUUACGGUUACAAAACCAACGACGGUAAAGUCGAAUGCAAGGUACGCGGUUUCACCCUCAACACACGUGGUCAAGAACAAUUGAACUUUGACCUGUUAAAAGAAAACGUCACCAACAAAGUCACCGAACCCCGCGAAGAACCACGGGAAAUCAGCGUACACAAUCCACACAAGAUUAAACGAAAUGUCCAAACAAAAACAUUAGAAACGAACGAAGAAAACAAACGAUACAAAGUCGUCUUCGACAAACGCGUCGUGGAACCCGACACCUUCCUAUCGUAUCCUUACGGAUACACACGAGACGACAUCGACGAUAUCGACAUGGAAAAUGUAAAUCAUUUACUAGACUUGUAA